AUGUCAAACCAGACACCUGACCUCAAACCUGACCUCCAACCUGUCCUCAAACCUGACCUCAAACCUGACCUCAAACCUGACCUCAAACCUGACCUCAAACCUGAUGUCAAACCUGACCUCAAACCUUACCUCAAACCUGACCUCAAACCUGACGUCAAACCUGACCUCAAACAAUACAUCAAACCUGACCUCAAACCUGACCGCAAACCUGACGGCAAGCCUGAACUCAAACCUGACCUCAAACCUGAUGUCAAGCCUGACGUCAAACCUGACGUCAAACCUGACCUCAAACCUGACGGCAAACCUGACCUUAAACCUGACCUCAAACCUGACCUCAAACCUGACGGCAAGCCUGAACUCAAACCUGACCUCAAACCUGAUGUCAAACCUGACGUCAAACCUGACGUCAAACCUGACCUCAAACCUGACGGCAAACCUGACCUCAAACCUGACGUCAAACCUGACCUCAAACCUGACCCCAAACCUGACCUCAAACCUGACCUCAAACCUGACUUCAAACCUGACCUCAAACCUGACCUCAAACAUGACCUCAAACCUGAUGUCAAACCUGACGUCAAACCUGACCUCAAACCUGACCUCAAACCUGACCUCAAACCUGACCUCAAACCUGACCUCAAACCUGAUGUCAAACCUGACCUCAAACCUUACCUCAAACCUGACCUCAAACCUGACGUCAAACCUGACCUCAAACAAUACAUCAAACCUGACCUCAAACCUGACCGCAAACCUGACGGCAAGCCUGAACUCAAACCUGACCUCAAACCUGAUGUCAAACCUGACGUCAAACCUGACCCUGAACUCAAACCUGACCUCAAACCUGAUGUCAAACCUGACGUCAAACCUGACGUCAAACCUGACCUCAAACCUGACGGCAAACCUGACCUCAAACCUGACGUCAAACCUGACCUCAAACCUGACCCCAAACCUGACCUCAAACCUGACCUUAUACCUGACUUCAAACCUGACCUCAAACCUGACCUCAAACAUGACCUCAAACCUGAUGUCAAACCUGACGUCAAACCUGACCUCAAACCUGACCUCAAACCUGACCUCAAACCUGACCUCAAACCUGACCUCAAACCUGACCUCAAACCUGACCUCAAACCUGACCUCAAACCUGACGUCAAACCUGACGUCAAACCUGACGUCAAACCUGACGUCAAACCUGACUUCAAACCUGACCUCAAACCUGACCUCAAACCUGACGUCAAACCUGACCUCAAACCUGACCUCAAACCUGACUUCAAACCUGACCUCAAACCUGACGUCAAACCUGACCUCAAACCUGACCUCAAACCUGACUUCAAACCUGACCUCAAACCUGACCUCAAACCUGACCUCAAACCUGACCUCAAACCUGACCUCAAACCUGACCUCAAACCUGACCUCAAACCUGACCUCAAACCUGACUUCAAACCUGACCUCAAACCUGACCUCAAACCUGACCUCAAACCUGACGUCAAACCUGACGGCAAACCUGACGUCAAACCUGACGUCAAACCUGACCUCAAACCUGAUGUCAAACCUGACCUCAAACCUGACGUCAAACCUGACCUCAAACCUGGCGUCAAACCUGACGUCAAACCUGAUCUCAAACCUGAGCUUCAUGCUGCACCAGUGAGCUUCACGCUGUAA